AUGCCUCAUCAAGUGUCGCCGCCGAUUAUGAUUUCUAAGGCGGGCGCCCCUCCCCCGCCGUCGCAACAAGAUGUUUCAUCAAUUCUCGACACUAUAUUUACCGCCAAAACCUCCGCUGCUUCCGUCGACGCCUCUUAUGGACUCUGCGAACUCCUGUUAAACACUCUAGGCUUUCGGGGUCUGCAUGAUUAUGGUGUAUUGGCAGAACUCAAGAAAGCCGCAUCUGAUAAGAAGAGUGGAUUACGACGAGAGGGUGCCCAGAACCUUCUCGGUGCCCUCUUUGAGAAGUUCCCACCUCGACAGCCGCUGAGUGAAGUUGUGUUCUUAAUUCAGGAUGGCGGUCUCGUCUCGGUUGCUCUAGACGCUUUGGCCGAUAAGGGCACGGUGGUCCGCGAUGCUGCGCAAUACGGACUUGAUGCGCUCUUUGGUCAUUUAAGUGCUGAGGCUAUGGUCGUUGGCUUGUUACCCGCGCUUACAACUUACCUGUCCAAGAAGACCGGAAAGUGGCAGGGUACAGUUGGUGCCUUGAAACUGAUGCAGAGGAUGGCCGAUAAAGCAAAGAUGGAAAUUGGUUGCACGAAGGAACAAGCUCAAGAGAAGGAUACCCUUAGAGAGACUAUGGGCGAAAAGCUGGCUAGCUUGAUCCCCAUAGUUGAGGGCAACAUGCACGACCUCAAGUCCGAAGUUGAGAAGCAAGCACUCAUUACGAUGCAAUCCCUCACCACCCUCCUCUCCAAUGACGAUGUCGCUCCUAGGAUUCCCCUUCUAGUUGACACUAUGCAUCACCCUUCGACCCAGACCCUUCAGAAGGCCAUCCACGCUCUUUCGCAGACAACCUUCGUCGCCGUCGUAACAUCACCUGUUCUCGCUUUGCUUACUCCCUUCCUUGAGCGAACCCUUAACAACCCCUCCACCGCUCAAGAGGUUCUACGACAAACUGUCGUGAUCACCGAAAACUUGACCAAGCUGGUCCAUGAUCCUAUCGAGGCUCGUACAUUUUUACCGAAGCUUCAGCCAGGUAUCAAAAGUGUGGUUGGUCGUGCGCCGCUACCAGAGGUGCGCGAGCUGGCUACCAGGGCUUUGGAUGUCAUGGAUAAAGCUAUGGGCAACGAUGAAGCUGUAGUGGAGAGGACUUCUGCAGAUGACGUCGCUAAGGUUCUGGACUCCGAGAUCAAGAAGAACGGGGGACUCUCAGGCGACCUAGAGUUUUAUAAAAUAGCUCGUCCUUAUAUCUGCAAGAUGGUGGCCGAGGAUGCUAAUCAUCGUCAAGUUGAUCGAAUCCCAGCUAGAAUUGCGCCCUAUCUUAAAGAUAUAAUACAUAAAGAGGGCGCCAACGAUACCGUCGCUUCCGGAGUCUAUGAAUUCUACGUUGCCGAGGACCACCGCAAGUACGGCGUGCCGGAGAAGGAAGAUGAUGGCGAGACUGAGAUUGUUAAUGCAGACUUCUCCCUGGCCUACGGUGGCAUGCUUCUUCUUUCCCACACUAAUCUUCGAUUAUUGAAGGGACACCGAUAUGGUCUUUGUGGUCGCAACGGUGCCGGAAAGUCUACACUGAUGAAGAGUAUUGCUGGUGGCAAGCUGGAAGGCUUCCCACCUCAGGAUGUCCUUCGUACCUGCUACGUCGAGCACAACCAAGGUGAAGAUGCCGAUAUUAGCAUUCUGGACUUCAUGGUCAAAGAUCCAACAAUCGCAUCUGAGGGCAGAGAGCGAAUUUCCGAAGUCUUAGCUGAGUUCGGCUUCACGGCAGGCCCUGAGGGUAGACAGUCUCAAAAGGUUGGCUCUCUGUCAGGAGGGUGGAAGAUGAAGCUCGCUCUUGCUCGAGCAAUGUUGCAAAAAGCUGAUGUUCUAUUACUUGACGAACCUACCAAUCAUCUCGAUGUUGCCAACAUUGCUUGGUUGGAAAGCUACCUUAAGAGCCACACAGACAUCACCAGCUUGAUCGUUUCCCACGAUUCUAGUUUCUUGGACAACGUAACAACUGACAUCUACCACUAUGAACCUGGGAAGAAACUUGGUCAUUUCAAAGGCAACCUCUCCGACUUCGUAAAGAUUCGCCCCGAAGCUAAGGCUUAUUAUACCCUUUCCGCCUCCAAUGUCCAGUUCAAGUUUCCUCCUCCGGGUAUCUUGUCAGGUGUCAAGUCCCAGACGCGGGCGAUCAUCCGAAUGACUGGGGUUUCUUUCCAAUACCCCAAGGCGCCUAAACCAUCACUUUCAGAUGUCUCGUGCCAGCUGUCCCUUUCUUCCCGUGUUGCUGUGAUCGGACCGAACGGUGCCGGAAAGUCAACCCUGAUCAAGCUGUUGACGGGUGAGGUGGUUCCGACCAGCGGAAAAGUUGAGAAGCACCCCAACCUACGAAUUGGUUACAUUAAGCAGCAUGCUCUCGAACACGUUGAGAUGCAUCUCGAGAAGACGCCGAAUCAAUACUUGCAAUGGCGGUAUGCAAAUGGAGACGACAGAGAGGUGUUCCUGAAGCAGACCCGUAUUCUUUCGGAUAAAGACCGAGAACAGAUGGAUAAGCGAAUUGACCUUGGUGAUGGAAAGGGCGAACGACAGAUUGAGGCUCUUGUCGGUCGUCAGAAGUACAAGAAAACAUUUCAAUACGAGGUGAAAUGGAGAACAUGGCUACCAAAAUUCAACUCGCAAGUCUCCCGGGAGACUCUCUCAGAAUGGGGCUUUGAUAAACUUGUACAAGAGUUCGACGACCACGAGGCGUCUCGUGAAGGGUUAGGUUACCGAGAGCUUCAACCUACGGUCAUCUCUAAGCAUUUUGAGGACCUCGGUCUCGACCCCGAGAUUGCCAACCAUAACGAAAUUGGUAGCUUAUCUGGGGGCCAGAAAGUUAAGGUUGUUAUCGCCGGUGCGAUGUGGAACAACCCUCAUUUGCUCGUUCUUGACGAACCUACUAACUUCUUGGAUCGCGAUUCUCUUGGUGGUCUUGCGGUAGCCAUCCGAGACUUCAAGGGCGGUGUGGUCAUGAUCUCUCACAACGAAGAGUUCGUCGGUGCUCUGGCUAAUGAACAAUGGCACAUAAACGACGGGCGUAUGGUCUUGAAGGGUAACGCCUCGAUUGCCAUGGAUCGCUUUGAAGACAGUAGGCCAAGCAGCGGUCUUGCAAGUGGUAUUACCAGCGGGGUUAACAGCACAGCAGCUAGCAGUGCAGUAAGCAGCGCCGUCAACAGCGGUACUGAGGAUAAUAGCCCAUUGAAGUUUAAGGCUAAGAAGAAGAGGAAGAAGACUAAGAAGGAGCUCAAGGAGCAGGAGGUGCGAAGGAGACUACGCCAUAUCGAGUGGCUCAACAGUCCCAAGGGUACACCACACCCAGCUGAUACGGAUGAUGAGGAGUAAGGGGCGACCAUCUCUCUUAAGAUGGUACCUUUGAUGAAUUCUUUUACGCACGUCGGUCUAGAGGCUGGUGACUUUCAUUCAUAUUCAAGAACUUGGUCCUUCGCAAACGAGGGCUUUUGAUAGAGCUUUGCGUUGUUUGGGAAAUUGGCAUUAUAAUCGACGACGCAUUGACGUGUCCCGUACAGGCGUUUCAUAUAGACGGACAGGGGAAUGGCAUGAUAGAUAGAAUGAGGGGCUCGCAUUCGCAGGGUUCGACCCUAGAGCAUGAUGCCGAAUAGAUACGACACAUACAUAAGUCAUGAGAGAUGUU